AUGUCUGGAGGAAACAUUAAAGUUGUGGUCAGAUGUCGGCCUCUCAAUUCCAGAGAACUUGCUCGAGGAGCAAAAUGUCUCAUCAGAAUGGAAGGCAACCAAACUAUAAUCACAAAACCAGAUGGGACUGAUCCUGGAAACAAGAACGUUAAAAAAGAUGGGUCAGCCGACGAUGUCAAAGCCUUUACUUUCGAUAAGUCUUAUUGGUCUGCUGACAAGAAUGACUCCAAUUAUGCUACUCAGGCGCAUUUGUAUAACGACCUUGGAGAAGAGCUUCUGAAUCAUGCAUUUGAAGGAUAUAAUACCUAUGGUCAAACUGGCGCAGGGAAAUCUUAUUCUAUGAUGGGUUAUGGCGAAGAUAAAGGCAUCAUUCCGCUUACGUGUUGCGAGUUAUUUAAUCGCAUUGUUAAUAAUCAAAACCCCGAUGUCACAUAUCAAGUUCAAGUAUCUUACAUUGAGAUUUAUAACGAACGCGUUAGAGAUUUACUAAAUCCUAGGAAUAAAGGAAAUCUCAAAGUGAGAGAACAUCCUUUGCUCGGACCGUAUGUAGAAGACUUAUCAAAACUAAUUGUCAACUCAUUCCAAGAUAUCGAAAAUUUAAUGGACGAGGGUAACAAGGCAAGAACUGUAGCUGCGACUAAUAUGAACGAAACAUCGAGUCGAUCUCACGCUGUGUUUACUUUAUUUGUAACUCAAAAACGGCACGAUCGUGAAACUAAUAUGGACUCAGAGAAAGUUUCUCGUAUCAGUCUUGUAGAUUUAGCCGGGUCCGAACGUGCCAAUUCUACAGGUGCUACGGGUGCCCGUUUAAAGGAAGGAGCAAACAUUAACAAGUCUUUGACUACAUUGGGAAAAGUUAUUGCUGCUCUUGCGGAACAAUCCAAUCCUACAAAAAAGGGUGGGAAAAAAGUAGAAGUGUUCGUACCAUACAGAGAUUCUGUCUUGACUUGGUUAUUGAAAGACAGCUUAGGUGGUAAUUCUAAAACAGCAAUGAUAGCUGCUAUUUCUCCCGCUGAUUACGACGAAACACUUAGUACUUUGCGUUACGCUGAUGCUGCCAAAAAAAUUAAAAACAAGGCGGUUGUCAAUGAAGAUCCAAAUGCGAAACUUAUUCGUGAACUCAAAGAAGAAUUACAAAUGUUGCGGAGCAAACUUGGUAUCGAAGUUGGUGAAAUUACCACUAAUUCCGUUACGACCAAUGAAAGUCAACAAAUUGUUGAACUUCGUGAUUCGGAUGGAAACACCAUUAGGAAGACCAAAGAAGAGUUAAUUGACCAAAUUCAAGCUUCUGAAAAGCUUAUGAAAGAAGUAAACGAGUCAUGGCAAGAGAAGAUAAGGCGCACCGAAGAAAUCCAACGUGAAAGAGAAAAAACAUUGGAGGAACUUGGUAUAAUGGUCGAGAAAAAUAGUAUAGGUGUAUUUCCUCCUAAAAAGGUACCCCAUCUUGUCAAUCUCAACGAAGAUCCACUUAUGUCGGAAUGCUUGGUUUAUCAAAUAAAAUGUGGGAAAACCCGUGUAGGCCGUCUGGAAUCUGAUUCACAGCCAGAAAUACGUUUAAGCGGUGAAAAUAUUUUGAACGAACAUUGUUAUUUUGAAAAUAUUGAUGGCAAGGUAACGUUGUACCCAUCACCAGACUGUAUAACCAUGGUUAAUGGUAUGCGCAUAAGUGAACCAAAACAAUUAAAAUCUGGAUACCGUAUCAUUCUCGGAGAUUUUCAUGUGUUUCGGUUUAACAACCCGGAGGAAACUAGGAAAGAAAGAGCGAUAUCGAAGCAGGUUAGUGAUCUGAGGAUAAUUACAUCGACACCGACUCCUUCCGGGAAUGGUGACGAAAGGCUUCCCGAUUCCCCCACCUCGACUGCGUCUCUCAUGUCAGAAGCGGUGAUAGAUUGGAAUUUUGCAAGAAGAGAAGCUGCACUCAACAAUGGUAUACCGGACGAUGUGAGAAGAAGUGCCCGACAAAUGCGUCCGGGCAGUCGUACCGAUUAUUCGGACGAUGACAAUAAUUCAGAAAGAACCAACUCCAAUGACGAGUUGGAGGAAAAACUUAAGAAUUACAAGGAAGAAAUGCAAAAACAACUCGACUCACAAAAGCGUAUUAUCGAAGCGUCCACCCAGGAGGUGGAUGAGGUGAAGGCUGAGAAAAUCCAGCUUGAACAAAAAUUAGAAAUAGUACAGAAGGAGAUUGAAAGCUUAUUAAAUCGGGAAAAGGAACGUCAGACGAAAAUAAGACAGUCUCAUACUUUCCAUGAAGGUUCUAACGUAUUAUUGGAUGACCCACGUUAUACCGAAGAAGAAUUACGUCUUGUUCGUAUGGCGGUCACAAGGUGGAAGCGACAUAGACUGGUGCAGAUGGCGGAGACGAUACUGAGUAACGCAGUGGUGCUGAAAGAAGCAAAUGUAAUAAGUAAAGAGCUUGGCAAGAAAGUCCUCUAUCAGUUUACCGUCAUCGAAGAUGAACCAUACACCAAUCCUAUAUCAUCUUUGGAAAGCACUUCUGCCCUCGCUCACAACGAUGAUACUUCUCUGUAUUAUUCAAAGAAACCUUGCAUUGGUGUUAAGGUGAUUGACACCAAAAACGAUGUUGUAUAUUUCUGGUCCCUCGAAAAGCUUAAGGCACGUUUACAAAAAAUGCGUAAUUUAUACAACUUUAUUGAUCGCCCACAAUACAGUAAACAUUUCAAUUGGGAAGAUCCAUUUUACGAAAAUCCGUGUCCUCAGUACACCUUCAUUGGUAGUGCCUCGUUAGGCUUGGCAUGCCUACUCAAAAAAACAGAAUAUGAACACGAGGCACCUAUUAUUCAAAGGUACUCCGGAGAUGUGGUCGGAUAUUGUCGUGUUCGAAUUAAAUUUAUUAUAGAGGAAAGGGCGGACGAAGAAGUACCGAAGGAAUUAUCUUUAGAACUUCCAGUUAAUUCCAUCCUUUUCGAGGUGAAGAUAAUAGAAGUGACUGAUAUUAAAGAUUCGUUAUUCGAGCAAGUACAUGUACAAUUUCGACUCUCCUCCUUUGGGAAUGUUUCUCCUCUAUCUUCGGAGCACACGUAUGUCACAAGUGCCCUUGAUCCACCACCUAGCGGCUCCGAAAACAGCAAGAUUAAAUUUAAUUACGAUAAACCAAUAAAGAUAUUACUCACGCCUACUGCGAUUGAUGUUAUCUCCAAUGGUAUGCUCGCAUUUGAGGUAUUCGGUCGCGCAAAAACUGCAACCUUAGAAAGAAUGGAACGAUGGGACGAUUAUCAAGAGCGACCACUUUACAGAGGAGUUAACGGUCAGGUCUCGUGUGAAUCUUUGGCCCCCAGAGAACGACGUUCUGAAGAAGAAUUGGUCGCCGAAGAAAAGCAUGACGUUGUAGCAUGGGUUCAAGUUUGCGAACUGGCGCCCAACGGAGAUUACGUGCCAGUUCAGGUCCUCUCACAAAACUCACUUGACCCGGGUGCAUUCUUCUUAAGACAAGGACUUCAAAGGCGUAUAGUGCUCACUUUAACUCAUAAUUCUGGUCGACAAUUUCCAUGGAACCGAGUGACGAAGAUGGUGAUUGGCCAAGUGCGACUACUUGAUGGCAAAGGUCGACUGUCUGAAUCGUCAGUUCAAAAUGAUGUACAAAUGAACUUGUUGCCAAGCCAAAAUGUUUGUUUUAAUCCGGACGGAACUAGCGUCAUGGUUGCACAGGCCUCUUGGGACAGUACAUUGCAUGAAUCAAUCUAUCUUAAUCGAACGACACUCUCGAAUAAUCGCGUAUUGUUAGGACUCUCAUGGUAUGUCGAGGCAGAAAAGUGUGUUAACCCAAUUUCCUUUCAUAUGGACAUUGCAGUUCAGAUCCAAGGGCGUGAGGCACGGCCACCUUCAAAGUUGAUUCAACUAUUAAAUCAAUCAAAAGUUUUAUGGAAAUCUAGCGGGCUAUUUUCCGUUACACUCAAACCUCCAAUGACACGCAAAGUUUCCGAAUUAUGGAGAUUGAAUACGGCAAAUAAACCUGUACGUGGUGAAGAACUUUUAGGACAUUGGAAGCCUCGUGGAGUUUCAUUAGUUAAGGACUAUAAAAAAAUUAGCGAACUUUUACGUCGAAGAGAGGCAGUCGAGUGCACGAAGCAAAUUAUUGCCUUGAACGAAGCUCAGAAUGGUGCUUCUGCAGAAGUUAAGUCUGAGU